ACAAGGGCAGGAGCUCGGCUGCCGGGGCAGCUGUGGGGCACUGACUGCUCAGCCUCACCUUCCCUUCCUUCUCUCUUCCUCCUCCUUCUCCUCCUCCUUCUCCUCCUCCUCUUCCUCCGUCUUCUGCCCCUGCCGCCUCCGCGCAGCUUGUGAGAAAAGAUUCCCAUCUCCCAGAAAACAGACGUGCAGGCAUUAGCAAGCCAAAGGAAUCACUCAUUGCUUCUAAGAGUGGAGCACACAGGACUCUCUGAUCAGUUCCUGGCCUGGUUUUCCUGGAUGGAACAAGAGGAAGAACUGGGUGUGUCUGAACUCCAGGACUCAGGGGACAGGGGGAUGGGCUCAGAUAUCGAGGACUCGGAGAGGGGGAUGGGUUCAGACCUGCAGUACAUGGAUGAGAGAGAGGACGACUCGGAGGAGAGGGAGGUGGGCUCGGACCUGCUGGACGAGAAAUUCAGAGAGGAGAACUCAGAGGAGAGGGAGAUGGUGACAGACAUCUAUACAGAUGACAGGCUGCUCAGUGAGGGAGAAGAGACAGCUCUCCGUGAGGAAAAUGAAGAUGAUGUGGAAGAUCCUGAGGUGGUUGAGAUGGGGAUGUUCUCAGGACUCUCUGAGUCAGAGAGCAUAACCCAGAGUCCCAGGGAAGAGGAGGAGAGUGCUGGAGAGAGCCGACUGGAGGAGGAAGAAGAGACCCCAACCCUACCCUGGAGGAGACGCCUCUCCAUAGGGAAGUACCACCGGGAGGGCAGCUCUGGUCAGCACCGUUUCCAUCCUCUCCAUCACCCAAUGGCUGUAGACUUUGGGGAGCUCAACAGUUUGAUGGCUAGCAUCAUGGAAGCCCCCACCAUCUGUUCAGAUUGUGGUGAAAGCUUCAGCCCAGGCACAGCCUUCAUUCAGCACCAGCGCAUGCAUCGCCUGGCCCAAGCGGCUGGGGUGGCUGGUGUCCAGCCUUAUGGCUUUGCUUCAGAAUGUGCAGGAGUAGUGGGUAUGGUGGGUUUGGGAGGUACAGGAACCUUGGGCUCUGUAUUGCCCCGGACCCCAGGAGAGAAGCCAUACCGAUGUGGAGAAUGUGGUAAAGGAUUCAGCCGCAAUACAUACCUAACAAACCACCUCCGCCUGCAUACAGGUGAACGCCCCAACCUUUGUUCUGACUGUGGCAAGAGCUUCAGCUGGCGUGCAGACCUGCUCAAACACCGACGUUUGCACACAGGGGAGAAACCUUACUCGUGCCCCGACUGUGGGGAGGCCUUCAGUCUCAGCUCCCACCUUCUGAGCCAUCGGCGGGCCCACGCUGCAGCCAGCGGAGCUGGGGCAGCGGUGUUGCGACCCUUUGCUUGUGGGGAGUGUGGAAAGGGUUUCAUGCGGCGUUCUCAUCUGGCCAACCACCAGCGUAUCCACACUGGGGAGAAGCCACAUGGAUGCGAUGAGUGUGGCAAGCGCUUUAGCUGGCGUUCAGACCUGGUGAAACACCAGCGCGUGCACACCGGAGAGAAACCCUACAUGUGCUCUGAGUGUGGGGAGACGUUCAGUGUCAGUUCCCACCUCUUCACCCACAAGCGCACUCACUCAGGUGAGCGCCCCUACGUGUGCAGUGAGUGUGGCAAGGGAUUUGGGAGGAACUCACACCUGGUGAACCACCUCCGAGUACACACUGGGGAGAAACCGUUUGGUUGUGCAGAAUGUGAGAAACGCUUCAGUGACUUCUCUACCCUCACCCAGCAUCAGCGCACCCACACUGGGGAAAAGCCCUAUGCCUGCGUUGAGUGCGGCAAAAGCUUCAUCCAAAGCUCCCACCUCAUCCGCCACCGCCGCAUCCACACUGGAGACAAGCCGCACAAGUGUGCCAGCUGUGGGAAAGGCUUUCGCUACAAAACCCACCUGGCCCAGCACCAAAAGCUGCACCUCUGCUAGGACCAGCAGGGAGUGGUGUGGGUGGGGUUUGGAGGGGGGGUGUAGUUAACCAUUUUGGGAGUAAACGUGGGAAGGGCACAUAUUCUCCUCCAAAACAGGGAGUCCCUGAAAAUUGGAAAUCCUCUGAGUAGGCUUUUGGAGUAAAGUUGAGGGAUAAGGCGGAACCCAAGAGCAUCUCUUGGGGACAUUCAGGGAUGAAGGGUUGAGUAGGGGUUUUUUUCUAGUAGUGUUCUAAAAAAUUCCAGGAGUUUUGUAAUUGCCUCUUUGCUCCCUCUCAUGAGAAAAGGCAGUUGGAGUGAACCACCCAGUCCUUUACUGAAUACAGCCUUUCCAAGUGGUUGUUUUAGGAUCACCAAGAAAGGGGUUGGGGGUGAGGAGAGGCAAGAGAGAAAUAUAGUAUUGAGAGGGAAGGAGUGAAAAUAGGAUAACAGCAGAUAGGGUCUUAAAUCAGGGAAGUGUGUGGCCCGUACCAUGGUGAAGAGAGGGAGAGAUAAAAACUACAGGAAGGGAAAUAGAGGCAAGGACUUGUUUCCUGGUUUAGGAUCCUCCUGUUAUAGGUGCUCUAAUUAGUGGUCCAUCUCCAUCCCCUCACGACCCCCUACAACCACCUACAAAUACUUCCCCUUCAAAUUUGUCUCUUAAGCCAAGGAAAGGAAAGUGUCCCAUUGGGACUGUGGAAGGGAAAAUUUCAUUUUCUCCACCCAUCCCUUUUUCCUCUGGGCCAUAUUUAGCUGCUAUUUUGAGGCUUCGAGGGAAGCUAGGGUGGAAAGUAGCACAUUUGAAGGGAGAAGUGUCUGUAGAGAGGAAGCCUCUUUAUUACUUGCCUUCUGCUUUGCUUCCAGUUUUCUGCUAUCCUCACCCAGUCCUCAUGGAAGCCAUCUCCUCUACCCCAUGUACCAAAUAUUCCCAUCCUCUGUCCUGGAGUUUGAGUGCUAGGUCCAUGAUUUAUAUUAUAUUAGACCACACACGUGUGACUUUAAAAAGAAGGGAAAACAGCACUAGUCUGGAAUUGUGGGGUGGUUCUCCCAGUAUGGUGUACUGCUUGCUUCCUCAUGUAAACAUCAGAUAGUCUUUGCAGUGGAAACCCAAAUGGCUUUUUCCACUAAUUUUGCUGACCCCGUCUGAGGAUUUCAGGGAAGUAAAUACAUCGAGUCCAUUGUCCUUCGGUUCCUGUCUCAUUUUGCUUCUCGCUUCCUACCUUCUUCAUUGAAGGUGAAGGAGAAACACUGGGCUUCAACCUCUCCCCAAUCCAGCUUUCCUCCAUGGUUAAUUCACAGAAGAAAUUGGAGGCUGUUCUCUAAAAGAAAAUCUUAUUCAUGGUAUCCACAGUAGGCAGUGGUUGGGGAAAGUAUAAAUGCAAACACUUACCUAGCACCAGCAAAGACUGCAUCCUGUAGGUGCUGAUAAGAAUGCCAAAUAGCACUUUUGUACUAAGAAAGGUGCGUUAUCAUUUUUAUUAUAGCCACUCAUCACAUUGCUGGUGAGAUCCUUCAGUAUUAUGGCCUCUAUCUUAAAGAAGACCAUUGAAAACUGGUCUAAAGAGAGGCUUGAGAGUGUCAGAUAGGUCUAUUCUGGCCUCUUUGCUCUGUGUUUUGACUAGUGGGGCAAUUAAUUGUUGCCUAAAGGGCUGUUUCUAAAUUCCUACUUGUUGGGAAAAAUUAGGGCUACUCUAGAAAGGAGCGGGGAAGGUAUGCCUUCUUUUGUAACACUGGCCUUUGUUAGCCAUGUGUUAACACUAAAGGAUUGUGGAUCAAGGGUCCACCUUGAAUGCUAGAGUCCACCAAUUCUCCCUUCUCUUCCCCAGAAAAGCCUUUAGAAUAGGAACAAGAAAUAAAAUGCGGCUUCUGAGCUAAUACCCUGUAUCUCCCAUGGACCUACUUCACAGACAGACUCUGAUUGGGAAUUCCAGCCUGGGGGAAGGAAUCUCCAAAAUUGUCAUUUCGGCUCUUUACAAUGGAUUUCCUAUGAAUUAAUAUGGUCAGGAGCAGCUAGGUGGCAGCGCAGUGGAUAGAGCAUUGGCCCUAGAGUGAGGAGGACCUGAGUUCAAAUCCAAG